CAGCGCCGCUUCGCCAUGUUAUCGGGGAAGCGCUUCGAGUCCUUGUCGUCUCAUAACUGAGGAACAGAUUCGCCGAAAUUAUUUGAAACGCCAAGACGACAAAUUAGACCUUCAGCUUUUCAUUCGUAAAUCCCCAAUUCGUUCGUCGCUGACCAGCGAAGUAGCUGGUCUGAACGGUUUUUGAUUUUUUUUUAUCCCAUUUGAAAGCCAAGGCGGCUGCCAUGGAUUUUUAAGGCAUAAUGCGGCACCUCUAAUGCAAUGGCGAUGCAUAGUGCAAGGCAAAAUCAACUGCGAAAUUCCAUCUUCGCAACUGCAAAGCAGUUAGGCUCUAAUACCGUCCGCGGUAUACCUGUGAGCCAGCCGGUGCCACUGCUCUUGGACCGGAGGAAGCUAACGCUAGCUAGCUAGUCAUCUUAGCUAAUAACGUCAAAUUGAGAGAGUGAUCCAUCGAUUCAUCUGAACGUCGUCAGCACUGUUGAUCAAAAUGAAGCCUCAAGACAUCGUCGCGGGGAAAACCAGCCUGUGGAUCUUCGGGUACGGGUCACUGGUAUGGAAGCCUGACUUCAAGUAUAAGAGGAGCAAGGUCGGCUACAUUCAAGGCUACAAGAGACGUUUCUGGCACGGAGACAACUUCCAUCGCGGGAACGACGAGUUGCCCGGAAGAGUGGUGACGCUGAUUGAAGAUGAUGACGCGAGCACCUGGGGGGUGGCGUUCGAGGUGACGGGCUCUCAAGUCGAGGAGACCCUGAAGUACCUCAACGUGCGUGAGACGGUCUGUGGUGGUUAUGCCACCAAAAUGGUGGAUUUUUUUGCCAAGGGGGAAAACCAGCCCCCGGUUAAGGCAUUGCUGUAUAUUGCCACCUCUGACAACCCCCUUUUCCUGGGGCCAGCCAGCCCAGAGGAGAUCGGCACCCAGAUCGCCAUGUGCAGGGGGAAGACGGGCCACAACCUGGAGUAUCUGCUCAGGCUGACUGAGUUCAUGAGGAACAGCUGCCCACACGUGGAAGACCAUCAUCUGUACUCCAUCGAGGCAGCAGCACUGACCAUGGUGUCCCAUCUGUUAGCAGCCCAGUAGCUCGUACCCUUUGUCUCACUAGCUUAUAUAGUGGAUGAAUACAUUAUGUAUAAACAAACACACACCUAACGCUGAGGCUUUUCACCUGUCAUUUAGUGUGCCCAUGUUUUAGAUGUUGUGAAAUCUAGCUUCACAAUACCAUUCCGUGUACUUAUGUCACUGAAUAGUGCUGAAGUGGUAACUAAAAGGAAGCAUUAUCUCAUGUUAACACUGUAAUGUCACAGCUGGCACAUGUGUCUAUGUUUACAAAAUGUAUGAUCACUAAAUUGUUCUUGACUGUAAACAUCUGCAUUUGUUUUCUUAAAAGGCACAUUUCCAGUUUAUUUGCACAAAUCAGGUUCCAUCCAAUACAUUCAGACGGUAAAACAACUAUUGGUGGUAGUUCAGCCUGUUUGUCAGUUGACCAAAUGGAUGUUUUGGUUUUUGAAGGUGUCAUCCAGUAUGCAGGAGAAUUCUAAUAAAUGGUUAAAAACAAA